GACGCGCGCAGGUGGGCGCCUCCCUGCCAGACCCGGGUCCGCUCUGGAUGUGCGCAAAGGGAGUACGGGACACCUGGGAGCCGAGGAGGACACCUACACCAGCCUGGAUGCGGUAAUUCGGGCAGCCUGAAGGCCAGUGAGAAGGAUGGCUGGAGUUUUUGACAUCGACCUGGAGUCUGAGGACCCGAGUGAUGCAGAGGAUGAGGUGUGUGACUUCACCAUGGCAGAGACUGAGCCUGAGCAGAGGGAGGAAGUGGAGCUCACUGGCAGCAGCGUGGACAGGGAGAGGGUCGGUCCCGAGUACUUCGAGCUGCUUACGGUCCUAGGCAAGGGUGCCUAUGGCAAGGUGUUUCAAGUAAGGAAGGUGCAGGGUGCUCAGACUGGGAAGAUAUUCGCCAUGAAAGUGCUGAAAAAGGCCAAGAUCGUAUGCAAUGCGAAGGACACAGCUCACACCAGAGCCGAGCGCGACGUCCUGGAGACCAUCAGGCACCCUUUUAUCGUGGACCUGCUCUAUGCUUUUCAGACCGGCGGCAAGCUCUACCUUAUUCUGGAGUGUCUGAGCGGUGGGGAACUAUUCAUGCAGCUGGAGAAGGAGGGCAUUUUCAUGGAGGACACAGCCUGCUUCUACCUGGGGGAGAUCACUCUAGCUCUGGGACACCUGCACUCUCACGGGAUCAUAUACAGAGACCUGAAGCCUGAGAACAUCAUGCUGGACCAGCAAGGGCACAUCAAGCUGACCGAUUUCGGCCUCUGCAAGGAGUCUAUUCACGAUGAGGCCGUCACACACACCUUCUGUGGGACCAUAGAGUAUAUGGCUCCAGAGAUCCUGACACGCUUGGGACACAAUAAGGCGGUGGACUGGUGGAGUUUGGGAGCGCUGAUGUUCGAUAUGAUGACUGGCUCGCCCCCAUUUACAGCAGAGAACAGGAAGAAGACCAUUGAUAAGAUCCUGAAGUGUAAACUGAACCUGCCUCCCUACCUCACCCUGGAUGCCAGGGACCUGAUUAAAAAGCUGUUGAAGAAGAGUCCGGUGCAGAGGCUGGGCUCCAGUAAGGCAGACUGUGCUGACAUACAGAAACAUCCCUUUUUCAGACACAUCAACUGGGAUGACCUGCUGAGUAAACAUGUGGAGCCUCCUUACAAACCCAGUCUGGUAAGCGCCCCCACAGUCAUACAGCCAUGCAUGGGGGCUUCCCCCUCUCCCAGUGGAGGUCGGUAAAACGGCCGUCCCCCUCUCCCGGUGGCAGUCGGUAAAAUGGCCAUCCCCCUCCCCCAGUGGAGGUCGGUAAAAUGGCCGUCCUCCUCUCCCAGUGGAGGUCGGUAAAAUGGCCGUCCCCCUCCCCCAGUGGAGGUCGGUAAAACGGCCGUCCCCAUCUCCCAGUGGCGGUCGGUAAAACGGCCGUCCCCCUCUCCCGGUGGCGGUCGGUAAAACGGCCAUCCCCAUCUCCCAGUGGCAGUCGGUAAAACGGCCGUCCCCCUCCCCCAGUGGAGGUCGGUAAAAUGGCCGUCCCCCUCCCCCAGUGGAGGUCGGUAAAAUGGCCGUCCCCCUCCCCCAGUGGAGGUCGGUAAAAUGGCCGUCCCCCUCUCCCAGUGGAGGUCGGUAAAAUGGCCGUCCCCCUCCCCCAGUGGAGGUCGGUAAAAUGGCCGUCCCCCUCUCCCAGUGGAGGUCGGUAAAAUGGCCGUCCCCCUCCCCCAGUGGAGGUCGGUAAAAUGGCCGUCCCCCUGUCCCAGUGGAGGUCGGUAAAAUGGCCGUCCCCCUGUCCCAGUGGAGGUCGGUAAAAUGGCCGUCCCCCUCCCCCAGUGGAGGUCGGUAAAAUGGCCGUCCUCCUCUCCCAGUGGAGGUCGGUAAAAUGGCCGUCCCCCUCUCCCAGUGGAGGUGGGUAAAAUGGCCGUCCCCCUCUCCCAGUGGAGGUGGGUAAAAUGGCCGUCCCCCUCUCCCAGUAGCAGUCGGAGGAGGACGUCAGCCAGUUUGACAGCCGCUUCACACGGCAGACACCGGUGGACAGCCCUGAUGACACGUCCCUGAGCCAGAGCGCCGAGCACGCCUUUGCGGGCUUUACCUACGUGGCCCCCUCGGUGCUGGAGAGCUUAAAGGAAGGCUUUUCCUUCGAGCCGAAGACUCGGCCCGUACGCAGGGUCAGCAGCAGCCCGCACACGCCUGUCAGUCCCCUCAAAUUCACCCUGGCUGAACCAUUCAAGUGUAGUGCUGAUGGGGAGAUGGAGACACCUUAUGAGGCAACGCCCCAACCCAGUGACAACUGCACCUCUCAGCCUAUCAGGACCCCAGGCCGUGCUAAGAAGAAGAAGAAGAAAGGGCACAGAUGAGGGCAAUAGAAGCGGAACGUACCCGGGGUGGGGCACCACCCAUUCCCCACUCACCAGCGUGCGGCCGUGACCACCUUCAGCGUGAGGGGGUCUACACCUUCAGCGUGAGGGUCUUAACACCAUCAGCAUGAGGGCGUCUACACCUUCAACGUGAGGGUCUUACCAUCAGCAUGAGGGCGUCUACACCUUCAACGUGAGGGUCUUAACACCAUCAGCAUGAAGGUGUCAACACCUUCAGCGUGAGGGUCUUAAUACUGUCGGACUGUGGACUUCGGCACCUUCAGCCUGACAGCGUCAACACCUUCAGCGUGAGGCUGUGGACGCCUUCAGCGUGGGGGCGUUGACAUCUUCACCGUGAUAGUUUUAAAACCUUCAGCAUGCACCACCAGCAAGGGGGGCAUCAACGUAUGGAGUCGCUGCUAAAAUUUCUGCUUUCAAUGUUAUUAUUAAAGUACUAUUUCUUUCCGAGUAGGGCAGUAAUUAUCAGGGGUUGUAUUGGUGGUAUUGGGGUUGCGGCUGUUAGUAAUUUGAGUUCUGGCUCAUCUGCUAAUGUCUGCUCUCAGGUGGACCUCCUCUGCUGGGCAGGGACCAGAGCGAUGGGCCGGAAGAGCUGAUUAUUAUACAGAAGGGAACCUCUCUUGCUGGCCUUGUAUGCCUAAGCAGGGUGUGCUGUUCCUGCUGCGUGUGCAUGUGUGUGUAUGCGUGUGUGUGUGUACCAGUAUGGGUUAUUGAUCACAUUCUUAGUUAAUGUUCUCUGUCAGCCUAUCAGCACCAGCCGGGGUAAAAUCCGCCAGGGUGAGCAGAACGAUGCCCAGCUACUCGGUGUGAGAAGGUGUGACCUUCGGCCAUUGCAAGGGUAAAGAGAGCAGCAGUGGCUGGCCGCGUGACCCCCCUCCCAGCAGAGUGAUGCGUGAUUCUUCCUGUAACAUGGAUAAUGAACUCUUGGCAAACCACUUUAGCAUGUGUAUGGUGUGUUGGAUUGUAUGAAUGACAGCAGAGAAACCGUUUGAAAUUUUGGCUGUUAUAAAUGUGAUGGGUUUGGACAUUUACAUGUACAGUACGCUGUGGUGCGAUAUAGACCCUCACCCCACGAUUCAUCCAGAAAGACGCUGGUCUCCAGGCUCAGUGGCCUUGUUUGGUUUGGGCUGAUACAGUAAUUUUCAUGUCACCCUUUGCAGUAAUCAUAUUAUGAUGUUUCAGAACCUCUGAUCUUGAGCCCUGCUGGGUGCUGAUACAACUUCAUGCUGCGAUUUCCUUUUUUCUCUGAAGUGCAGUCUUUGUUAACGUAUAUCUAAGUCAAAUCUGAAAUAAUGGGACGACAGUCACUGAAAUCUACCUUAAGUAACAUUGCUGAACGAGUGUUUUUUUUUCUUUCCUAAAUGAUGGUUUCAGAUGAAUUAUGAGUGUUUUGAAAGUGGCAUUUCCAUCUAAACUGUUUUCGUUUGAUCUCGGUGCUCUUACGGACUGAGGUUCGGUUUGAGGUGGCAUUACGCCCUCUAGAGGCAGUCUCCAAGGGAGAGCUUGGUGCCAAAUAAGCUCCGCCCAAAUUUGUGCUUGCCCAAUAGGAGUCAAGCCCCUGUGUUGAAGGGUGUGUCUCUCCUCUGACCCUAACUGUGCUAGCCUUCCAGUACUGAGUACAGUCCCACGUGCCUUGUGAGCUGCUAUAGUUUCACAGGAGGGUAAAUUAGGACAUCAGCCAAUCCAAACAGGUGGGGGUGACUAAGUACAGCAGGGAGGGUGUGGGCUUUCACAUCACCUCAGUUCACAUCACUGAAGACCUCAGGUGCACUUACUCAUUGUGGAGAUGAAUGAACUGGCUAUUGUGUAAAGUCAGGCCUUCAUUUCAGAAACUUGCAUAUUGUCCUACAAAGCAGGAGGUGAGGGCCUUACCACUGGCUCCCAAACCACCCUCUGCCCCUUUCAGAUCAUGAAGAGGGCCAAGAAGAAGGUCCUUAGCAAAUGGUUUUCAGAAAUAAGUACUGACCCAACUCUGAGGAGCACUGGGGGAACGACUCUGGAGAACCAUUAAAGACAGAGAACCUCUGUUAGCAUGAGUGUGUCUGUUCAGUAUCUGGUUUCAAUUGAUAUCAAUAAAUGGGUGGAAUUCG